AUGCCCAACCAAUUCACCCUCAUCGUAGCCACCAUCUUGGCGUUUAUGCUCACUGCAGCAUCGCAGAUCGCAUACAACCCCAAGACCAACGCGCUCCUCUGCUCGAAGCCCGGCGGAAGCUACUGCGUCUACGGCUCUCUCCAGGGCUCGGUCAUCAUCUCCUGUGUAGCUAAGAACACUGUGGAAAUCCGUUCCUGCAAUCUUCUGCUGUCCAGCAUCCUGCCAGAGGGCUACGAACAGCAAGCCACCUGCUACGAAUCCACCCCACCAACCGGCACCGCCGUCUGCGCCUUCAACGGUACAGGCUACAACCACACCAAAUCCACAUUCCCUGUUCCCGAAACCAUCCUAUGCGAUGAGAAUGAACUCUGGAACCACGACACCUCACCUUCCUCUUCAGACGACACCCCUCCCCCCCUUGAAGAGGAGACCCACGCCCAGCAACCAGACCCAUCUUCAACCACUACCAUGAACACCCCCAAACUCCCCCUCCCUCCUCUCAUACCCGGAACGCCCAUCCCCAUUGCAUCUAAUGCUUUGAAUUUGGCAUCCAACACCAACUCAAGCUCAAGCUCCCAGGUCCUCAACCCCACUCCCACUCCCACUCCCACUCCCAACCAGAAACGAGCCCGCGUUUGCUCCAAUCCGUGGAUUACACCCUCCUCGCUUGGAUGA